UGCUGUCACGUGACUGUCGCUUCCUUUCAAUUGGAGUCGAGAGGAGCGGAUCAGUUUAUUUCUUUACACUCAGUUAAAGAGUCUGUUUAGCACAGGGUGUCUGUGAAGGUGAGAGAGAGAAGAAGAGGAAGAAGAGGAAGAAAAGGAAGUAGAAGAGCUGGGGAGAGUAGAGUGCAUCCUCCUCCGUCUUCCGCCUCAGAGCUGUGAACAGCUCACUGGAUUUCAGAAUGCAUCUGACGGGGCUUCUGUUUGCGUCAGCGCUCUGUGUGGCCACCUUGGGCCUGGACAAUGGAGUGAUGAGGACGCCUCCCAUGGGCUGGUUGGCGUGGGAACGAUUCCGCUGUGACAUCGACUGUGAGCACGAUCCCAAGAACUGCAUCAGUGAGAAUCUGUUCAUCGACAUGGCCGACAGACUUGCAGAGGACGGCUGGAGGGAACUCGGCUACGUGUACGUGAACAUAGACGACUGCUGGUCGUCCAUGCAGAGAGACGAGAAGGGACGUCUGCAGGCCGACCCUAAGAGGUUCCCAGGAGGCAUCCCGAAACUGGCACGCUACCUGCAUGACAGGGGGCUGAAGCUGGGGAUCUACGGGGACAUGGGCACACACACCUGUGGGGGCUACCCGGGCACGCCACUGGACAAGAUCGAGAUAGACGCUCAGACCUUCGCAGAGUGGGAGGUGGACAUGUUUAAAUUUGACGGCUGUUAUUCAAACGCCACAGAGCAAGCGCAGGGUUACCCUCUCAUGUCAAAGGCUUUAAAUGCUACCGGCCGUCCCAUUGGAUACUCCUGCAGCUGGCCUGCCUACCAGGGUGGCCUGCCUCCUAAGGUAAACUACACUCAGCUGGGCCAGAUAUGCAACCUGUGGCGUAACUAUGGCGACAUCCAGGACUCUUGGGACAGUGUCCUGAACAUUAUCGACUGGUUCUUUGAGAACCAGGACGUCCUGAUACCUGCAGCCGGACCUGGACGGUGGAACGACCCUGAUAUGCUGAUCAUUGGUGACUUUGGCCUCAGCAUGGACCAGUCUCGGAGUCAGAUGGCUCUGUGGGCGAUCAUGGCUGCUCCUCUUUUCAUGUCCAAUGAUCUGCGCACCAUCAGCAGCGGGGCUCGCAAUAUCCUGCAGAACAAGAUGGCCAUCACCAUCAACCAGGAUCCUCUGGGCAUCCAAGGAAGGCGCCUUGUGAAGGAGAAGAGUGGCAUUCAGGUGUUCUGGCGCCCCCUGUCAAAAAAUGACAGUGCUCUGGUGUUCUUCAGUCGUCGUACCGACAUGCCGUACCGCUACCAGACUAACCUCAAAAAACUCAACUACACCACCGGCAGCUACAAGAUCUACGACGUCUUCACUGACAAGACCAUGGUGCUGAAAGACUCCACUGACUUUGUGGUGUCAGUGAACCCCACAGGUGUGGUCAUGUGGUACGUGUCUGCGCCUGCCAAACUCAACCUCCGCCGGUUCUAUAAAGAUGGCAGACUCCAGGGAUUCGGCUACGAUGACGAUGUAAACGCCGCCCCUCGUGUUUUCCUCUGAUCGCUGACCGAUUGAACUUUAUCAUCUAAUAAUGACAUCACUGUUGCUGCCUCAGUGCAGCGGCUCUUGAUAAAGUUUUAAAUGACAGAGUGCACACGAACAUCGUUUGGUGCUUAAAGGACUUAUUUCUCUAUUUUACCACAAAGUGCCAUUUAAUAGCUGUAAAUUGUGUCGUGUUAAAGUGAUGGCCCUGUGAAUUACAAGGAUUAAAAUCACUUAAAGCUCAGGGACAGCUGUUUUGCAUCUAGAUUCACUAUUCCAUUUUUUAAGUGAUCCUUCGCUCAAAUUCUGCACUCACAGCAUCAAUAUGAUCAAGUUUAAGCAUCCAAAACAAAACACACUUCAUGUUACAGUAAGGAGAGCAAUGAUUUGUGCCACAUUUUAAGAAAGCAGGGUAGUGUGUGUGUGUUAAAGGUAUACAAUGCAGGAACUGUCCGCUACUGUUUGUAAACAGCAAAACUAAAAGUGAAAGUCACCCAGAGCUUUUCACACAGCAUUGUGUACAUGAUUUUUGUAGCUUCCUCUUGGAUGCGUGCUGCUUAUGCUCUGGUACCUGGUUGCUACGUUUUUUAAUCCUAAAAUCACCUGCGCGCUGUGUCCAAGAACACCCUGCACACAGCAAAUCAAGAAGAAAGUAAAAAAGAAUUAAAGGCAAAAGGGAAGAGGCUCUGCAGAUAAAUACCCCACGCAGACUUCUAGUGGGUCAUAAGUGAUGAUUGGGAGGGAUUACAUCUGUAUGAGUCUAUACUUUUUUUUUUUCUUGGUGAAAUCCUGCGUAGUAUACCCUUAACUGGUCCAAAAAGCACAAAAGAUGAUGAUAAAGGCCUCUGCACUGCUGGUUUUUCUGAAUGUUUACUUUAAAUGCUUUGUUAAAGGUGCAGUCAGCGAUUCUUAUCCAAUACACUUUUUGUCAAAUUCAGUGAAUAUCUUCUCAAGCUGAAAACAUACCAGCACCGCCCCUAGCACACACUGGACAUGUUGUGUUGCAACUUGUCAGCAGAUGACAAGAUCUGUACCUCCUCCACCUCUGCAUUAGCUUAAAAUCAUGUGUUGACAGCCCCUAAUUAAACUUUUUCUCACCCCAAGAUCUGAUCUCCAGAGCUAUGACUCGGCAGGCAAUAUCUUUUUGGCCAUUGUCUUUAUAAUGACGGGAUCGUGGGUCAUUUAGCUCGGGAUAUUUGUUGACCUCAACAAUGAGCCUUUCCUCAUCUCAUUCUUUGUCACACACGAGACACAGCAACAGCUACAGAGUUCUCAUUAUGCAUCAAUGGUGAGGAGAGGAGUUGAGCUGCCAUAGGAGCUGAGAAAAGAGCUGCUACGGGAGCUGUACAAGCAGAGAGCGAGUGGGGGGAAAAUGCAUUUAAUUCUGAAGGCAGCGAGGCUUUAGACAGGACAGUGGCGUAAAGUGACGUGGGGUGGUGCGUACAGGAGCGCCAACGCGUGUCUAGCCUCCGCUGGUGUGGGGAUGUACAUUAAAAAUAAUAGGGGCGUACUUUUUGAAGUGUGGUGUUCGCUGCCGGUGUGUUUUGGCCUCCACGGUCCACAAGCUGUCUGUGUAAGCUGAAAAAAAAGUUCUAAUGUUCCUACACAGCCCUGGCUCUGUAAAUGGGAGAGAGUCUCCCGAGUGGCUCGGACCUGGCAUUCAUGCUCAUAUGUGGAGCAGGGAAAGGCUGUGGAUGUACAAAGAGAAAGGCAGUGGGAGUUAGAGGGACGGUAAAUUUGCCAUAGUGUAUUUGUUUGGGUGUUAAAAAUAUCAUCAAUCUUCCUCCAGGAUCGCUGACUCCACCUUUACAUGAGAAUCGUUUUAGUGUGUUUAAGAAAUGAAAGUUUUUAUAAGAAAUGAUUCUGUGAAUGAUGUGUUUUUGCCUUUACUGAAAUAAAUCAUUCGCUUUUCAAUCAGGCAAA